ACAGUUUUGUUUGCUAUGGCAUUUUUAAAUGGACCCAGGCUGCUGGACUGGGCGAACUCACCUCCACAUCUUCAGUUUAACAAAUACGUCUUAACGGGAUAUCGGCCAAUCUCCUCCGUGCAAGACUGCAUCAGGAGCCUGUUUUACCUGCACAAUGAACUUGGGAACAUAUACACUCACGGCAUCCCUUUGGUUUGCUUCCUGGUGCUGCUGCCUCUCAACAUCCCCUGGUCUCAGAUCAGCGUCACGUGGUUGGGCGUGGUCCACUUCCUGGCAUGCCUGUCGCCCCAGCUGGGCUCCGUGCUGUAUCACCUCUUCAUGAACCACGAGGGAGGGGAGCCCGUUUACCACACCCUUCUCAAACUUGACGUGUGUGGAAUCUGCAUGAUCAACACGCUGGGAGCGCUGCCCAUUGUCUACAGCACCCUGCUGUGCUACCCGUUCAUCCGCACCGUGGCCCUGUUAGUCUACAUCCUGCUGUCGAGCCACGCCAUCUACUGUGCCGUCACGGCUCGGAGCAGCGUUCGCCGGCUGCGCUCCUUCGCAUGGCAGGCGCUGUUCCGCUUCUCCUUCUUCCUGCUGCGCUGGGCGGGAGUGGGCGGCGGCAGCCCCACGUCGCUACGCCACUUCCUCACCAUGGACGCGCUGGCCGUGCUGGGCGGGGUCAUCAACAUCACACGCAUCCCCGAGCGCUUUUGCCCGGGCCUCUUUGACUACUGGUGCAACAGCCACCAGAUCAUGCAUGUACUGGUGGUGGGCUCCAUCCUCUACCUGCACUGGGGCGUUCUGGACGACCUGCUGUGGAUCAACAGCUACAACUGUCCCUCAGACUGA